CUGAAGUUAUCGCUAGAGUGAAGUAAAUAAUUUGUUUCUAUUAAAUAAGAAUAGUGAACACCGAAGAAGUAACCGAUAUCAUGCAAAUACCGAUAUAUCCACCUGUAUCGUCAUAAUACAAUAUUAGAUUUUUCAUAACGUUGCAUAUGUUAAAAUACUAAAAAAUGUUUAAGAAACUUAAAGAUAAAUUAGCAGAAGAAGUGAAGUCGUCACCACAGCGAAUUCAACAAUUCGCUCAAGCUGCGCAGGCGGCCGUAACAUCAGCGUCUAGUAGCAUUUCUGACAUCACUAACAAUGACUUGUUUUCCAUUGGAGAUAAUGAUGUUUCUCAGAGUCGCUCCACAAGACCCACUGCAUCAACUAGACCAGCUGACCAAACCGCGUUUCAAGAUGUUGCCCUAAUGCAAUCAUCUAUGCCAGCGAGCACAGAAGAAAUUGAUUUCACAUCCAGACAUGAUCAAAGUGAAAGUCACAGUCAAAGGCGAUUGUCAAACAGUUCAUUUGCCAGCGAUGUCUCAUUCAGGUUACCAAACUAUGAGAGCCCCGCCCUGUACCACUUACAGUCGGACAUGGAAGUUUCGGCGAGUGAAGCGGAGGAGCGGGGGUUUUCUAGCGGAGCCGCCAGCCUGGACCGUGUGACCAAGGAGCAGCUGUACGCCGCGUACAAGCGCACGCAGCAGCGCUAUGAGAAAUACAGGACGCAGUACGCCGACCUCGCCAGACAUUAUAAAUUCUUGGAACGGGACAAUGCUAAGGCUAGGAGUGUACUGGUCGAAACACAAGAUAAAGCACUGAGGCGCAUUUCUGAAUUGAGAGAACAAUGUACUCUUGAGCAGAGUGCAAAGGCACAUUUGGAAAAGGCCUUACGCUUGGAAAUUGAUGAAAGAAAUAUGAAAAUAGAGGCACUGCAAACAAAAAUAAGUUGCAUGCAGGAUAAUACUGAAAACAAGGAAACAAAAAACGAAGAAGAAAUAGUCAAAGAUCAGGCUAAAGAACUGCAACUGAUUGAUUUUUCGGGGAAUAAUGACAGAAAAACAUCAGGAGAUGAUGGUGUAGAUAAUGCAUUAUCUAGCAAGGCUGAAAAAUUAGAACAGUUAUUGAACAAAUAUAAAGAAUCACUAAAGGUAUCCAAAGAAAAAAAUGCCCAACUAACAACUGAAUUGCAUCUUCUGACCACUGAACUAGAAAACAAAAAUAAAGAAAACGAGCAAUUAAAACAUAGUUCGGAAGAGUUGGCAGAGGCUCGAAAGAAGCUUUUGGAGUUACAAGAAAGCAAUGAAGAAAUUCAAAAUAAAUUAAAUACUUAUGAGUUUAAUCAGAUGAAAGAACAAUCUGCGCUCGAAUUAGAUUUGCAGAAAGCUCUAGAAGAAAUAAAACAACUGCAAGGUAAAAUUGAAGUAUUCAAUAAGAGAGAAGAAGAAUAUGCAAUAUCAUUGGCUGAAAAUAAAUUAAGUAUACAUAAAGAAUUAGAAAGUAAGGAAGCUGAAAUCAAAUCCCUUAAAGAUCACUUGACAGCAUGCAAAAAUGAGGUACAGUCUCUUAAUAUAGUUGUUAAUGACUACAAGAAGAGUAUGGCAUCACUGGAGGAUGAAAAGUCGAAAUUAAAUAGUAAUAUCAGUGAACUGCAUUCCAUAAAAUCUCUAGUAUCGGAAAAAGAAUCACAGAUUAAAGAAUUGACACAAAAAUGUAAAAAUAUAGAACAGGCCAAAAUUAAGGCGGACGAAGAAUAUAAAUGCCUACAGCUGCAAAUAAAACAAGAAACAGCUGAAAAACUAGCAAUGAUUGAUAGGAAUGCUUACUUGGAGACCAAAAAUUCCAAACUAACCGAAGAAAACUCUAAAAAAAUUCUCAAAUAAAUGAGUUAGAAACCCAGCUGCUUGUUUUUAAAAAAGACAAUGAAGAACGAGAAAACCGAACCGACCAUAAUAAAGUUCUUGAAGAGCUGGAAUCCUGGCGGAACAAAUACUUUGCUUUAGAAUUGGAAAUUCAGGAAGAAAGAGAUGAAUUGGUGAAAUUACAGUCAGAAAUAGAAAAACUGCUGCAAAAUCACGAAGAUUCGCAAUCUCGUAACAUGCAACUUCUUGAGUCCGUUUCAAAACUCAAUGCAGAGAACGCUGCCCUAAAAGAAAAUAGCAACCAAAUUAGCAAGAAGUGUUUCAGACUUGUCGACGAAAUAUCAAUAAUUAAAAAUAUAGUUAGCAAAACUAGUGACGAUGCAAACACUAUGAAACAAAACAACGAAGAGUUACUAUCAGAUUUAGGAAAUAAAGUGUCGGAAUUGAUCAAAGAGUCAAAUAAUGAUCAAAUAGGAAGUUUCAAAGCAACUAUUCAGAAACUUCAACAGGAGUUAGCUGUUGCUCAGGACAAUCUGAUCGUGUUAAAACAACAGUUUGAUGCAGCUUCAAAAGAGUUAAUUGAGAGCAAAGAAGCAAAUGAGAAGUUGAGUGAACAAAUACAAUCGCUACUUUCAGAUAAGAGUUCUAUGUAUAUAAACAUCAAAAACGCUGAAGAUAAUUAUAACGACUCUCAAUCUCAGUUAUGUCAAUUUAAAAGUGAUAAAUCAGCAUUAUUGACAAAACUCACUGAGCUAGAAGUUACAAGUGCGUCUCUUCAAAGCACUAUCAAUCGUGAAAGGGAAGAUAACUCAGUAUUACAAGAAAAGUUACUUCUAAUGGAAAAGGAGAACGAUCAACUUUUGCUAAAACUAAAGGCCACUGAGGUUGACAUUGAUAUCUUGAAAACUAAAGAUUCCGAAAUAGAUGCAUUAAAGUUAGAUAAUCAAAAACUUUUAGCUAAGAGUGAAGUGGCUGAUGAAAAUUUCGCUUAUAUCAAGAAAUUAGAAGAUGAAGUCAAGCUCUUGUCUCAAGAAAAUAUCCUGUUAAAGAAUCAGUCACAAAAUAUUGCUUCAAAUCUUAAGGCUAUGGAGGUGGAAAUAAGUGAUGUAAGAAAGUCCCAUUCAGAAAUUGAAACUGAAAAAGACCAUCUGAAUUCUAUCAUAAGGAAAUUAGAAGAAACUGAAAAUGCCAAACAAUGCCGGUCAAAUGUAGACGUUCAGACGGAUGAUACUAGUUUAUCCAUAGACCUGAUUAUUGAGGAGAAUAAAUUACUAAAAGAUAAAUGUGAACAGGUUAAGCAAGAUAAAGAAAGUCUGUACGAAAAACUUAUUAGUGUUGAACAUGAUAAAGAUACCUUAGUUGCUAACAUUGCAACACAAGAAACAUAUACCUUGGAAUUGGAAAAAGAAAAAAAGAAAGUUACCGAAGUAAAUUCUGAACUAUUGUCAAAAGUAUCUACCCUCGAAGAGUUGUGCAGAGAUAAAAAUGAUAAUACGCAAACCGAGCUUGAAUUAGAAGACCUUAAAAGAGAAUGUGUCACGCUUAAAGAUGAAAAUCGACGUUUAACCUCUGAUAUCGAAGGGCUUCAAAUGCAUCUUGCAAAAAUAUCAAAAGAAAAUGGUUCUUUGAACGAUAAAUUGCGAGAGUUGAUAGCGUCAAGCGAACAUGUAGACAAAAGUGAGACCGUUACUCCGGAAAUCGUAGAAUCACAAAAUGGUAACCAAUCUGAUGCAGAAAGAAUUAAUGACUUGGUAAGAGAAAACAUGUUACUUGUUGAAGAAAACUUAGAAUUGAAAGAUCAGUUACGGUCACAAAAUUAUGGUGAAUCGUCUAACAAUAAUCCAACAGCCGUGGACAACAAAUCAGAACUGGAAGUCUUAAAAGAAAAUUACAACACCUUGCUCGCCACAAAGAUGAAGUAUGAGAAACAAUUGUCAGACUUGGAGCUCAUGAAUAGGUCAAUGAAUGGAAAUAUACAAAAUGUACAAGAGAAUAACGAAAAGCUCAGACUUUCUAACGAAAAGUUAGAGAGACGGUUGGACGAGGCACUAGUAAGCUUAAGGCAUCUGCAUUCUUUACAAGAAAAUACCGAAUUAGAAUAUUUGCGAAAUGUUCUAUACGAAUAUUUAACCGGUUCGGGUACACAUUCCAUUACACUAGCAAAGGUGUUAGCAGCUGUAGUUAAAUUUGAUGAAAUGCAAACUAAUAUAGUUCUGCAGAAAGAGAAGGAACGCCAAGGCUUGCUGCGGCAGCUUGGUUUACUAUGAUAUCUGUAAAAGUUUAAGGAUAAAUAAGAAAACAUUUUGAUGUGCUUUGAAGAUUAGUGCAAUUUAUAUAUGUAUUUAACACAACUUGUAAAUAGCAAUGUCCCCAGCGUAAUUUUUAUUUUGUUAGAUAUGAAAGUUGUACAUGUAAAUUAUAAAUAAUUAUUUUAUAAAUAUUACACGGUCCGGCGCAGAUUCGGUGUUAUUUUUAAUACAGUCAGCAUCAAAUAAAUAUAUUGUCACAAAGUGUCAAAUACUCGUAUAUACAUAUAUUUCCUUUCAUUAGUUACCAUAAACAUAAAGACGCGUUCCGGUAUAGUAUAUUUGGCGCUUUCGCAGUCAUAAUAGAUUCGAUGCUGACUGUACUGACUGAACAAUGAACAAUAGCCUUUUGUUAAUGUCCAAUUUGGGUGAAUCAAAUUUUUCUUGCCUGUUAUUGCCAUGGUACCACAAAGAAAAUGCAUGUUUGCAUAGUUUGAGUAGCAUAAAUUUGCAUACAUACAGCGUGACUCAGGAGACCGUAACCAUGGCAAUAACAGGCAAGAAAAAGUUGAUUCACCCAUUUGCACCAUGCAACUUUAGACUUGUAAAUUUAAUCACAGUUUUCUAGCACUGCUAGCACUGUCAGUAACUUAAAUUGUUACCGUAAAUGUCGUCACCAUUAAGUAUGUCUGUUAUGUAAUUUACUGUUUAAAUAUAGGUAGUUAUACUUUUGGUAACAUCGAAAAAAACAACUACGGGUGUGCUUGAAAGUGCAAUUGGUUCGGCAAUACCGUAGGUUACUUGAAUUUUAUUUGUCAUACUUAAGUUAUUCGUGGUACGGAUCCAGUUUCUUCAUUCCAUCCGUUAGUAUCUUUAUGCGCUUUUAAGACUUUUUGAGCAGUUUUUCCAGGAUCUGCGUGCAGUUUAAUCUAAUCAGUUAAAUCAGUAAUCACGGUUAACAAACAUUAUGUAAAAAUCGAAAUAAGAUGUCAUAUAUUAAAGAAAAAAUGACGAGCACCACCAGGCGAGAGUGUGGCGAGGUGGCCUAGGGGUGAUGGCGUUUGGCCCGGAUUGCUAAAAGACGCCGG